AUGAAGUUCAUCCUCUGUCUCCUGCUGGUGGCCUUGUCCUGCUUGGGGACUUUGGGGCAGGAACUGAGGCAAAAGCAAGGAAGCGCCAGGCAAGAAUUUUAUUUCCAGACUCGAGACAGACAUUUCUGCACUGUGCACACCAGCAGCUUGGGGCAAGGCUCUGGGGAAGUCCAGCUUCGCGCCGACUGCCACAGUGCAGACCAGGCAUAUUGGUGUGAGUACCGCGGGCAGCCUACCACAUGCCAGGCCUUUGCUGCCGAUCCCAAAACUUACUGGAACCAAGCCCUGCAGGAGCUGAGUCGCCUUAGCCACGCAUGCCAGGGGGCCCCUGUGCUGAGGCCAUCCAUCUGCCAGAAGGCCGGGCCCCAGGCACACAUGCAGCAGGUAGCUUCCAGCCUGAAGAGCAGCCCGGCGCCUAACCAGCCCUCUGAGACCGCCACGGUUGGAAAGCCAUCUUCGAGGCCCGGGGCCCUGCUGAGACCCACAAAAGCAACGCCACGGGAAAAGGGCUCCAUGACAACACUGGGAAAAGCCGAACCCGCCACCCAACCCACGGCCAAGGCUACCCAGCCUGGACCCAGGUCCAGAGAGAAGGAGGAAGUGAAGAAGAUGAUCCAAGAACUCUGUUGGGGGCCCCUCCAGGCCCUGUGCACGUUUCUCCUCAGCUUCUUCUGA